AUGUCGGCAUCUCUAGCUCCAGAAUGCAAUGAAGUCAAAGAACGUUACGAUUCCUGCUUCUUGAAAUGGUAUUCCGAAAAAUAUCUUCGAGGCACGGCGACGUCGGAUGAGUGUGCACCGCUCUUCAAACAAUAUCAAACAUGUCUCAAUAAAGCGCUCAAGGAUCGGGGAAUUGAUACGAUGCUUGAGGAGGCGAGGGAGGAUAAUAAGGAUAAUGAUGCGGAUUAUAUGCAACCGAGUGGGAAAUAA